AUGGCGGAGUGCAGCACGCCCCGUUUACUCGGCGGCAGGCAACGUCUGCACGGUAGCUUUGGGAGCGAAUGGUGCGCUGGCGGUAGGACAAACCUCGGCUGGGCCGGGACAGACUCGCCAAACUACAAAGAUCGUGAGCAGUGCGAGAGGUGGUACCUAAAUCCAUCGGCAGCACCUCCGCAGGCAUUGCCUGACGCCUUCGACUGCAGCUAUGGCUGUUCGCUGUGUGUGUACGGGCAGCACCCAAAGACUGGUAAAUACCGCUGCUUCUCCAGCAGUGUCCUGUAUCCUUGUGAGGAUCCGCCCUCUCUGUCGCCACCACCGACGCCACCGCUACCACCGCCACUGCCGCCACCGCCACCGCCGCCGCCGCCGCCGCCACCGCUGCCACCACCUCCAACAUUGCAGCUGGCUAGGACGACCAGUGCCACCGAGUGCUUCACGCAAGAUGCGUUUCGCGGCAGGCAGCGGCUCAAUGGCAAGAUUGGCGGGGAGUGGUGCGCCGGCGACAAGACUGGCCUCGGCUGGCAAGGCACCGAUCUGCCGCAGCAGUGGGAGCGCGAAGCGUGCGAAGGUUGGUACGUCGACUCCGUCACAGCCCCGCCGGCGGGACGAAGCUACGCUGCCGACUGCAGCUCCGGCUGCGCGCUGUGUGUCUACGGGCAGCACCCGAGGACGGGCAAGUACCGUUGCAUGAGCGGCGAUGCGAUGCGCGGCUGCUCGGCGACAUUUCCUGAACUGCCGCCGCCCGUUGUUCCUCCUCAAGCAACCUCGCUGCCUCAGAUUGGUUUGGGAUUUGGUGAGACGGUCGAGCUGUUUAACGGCGAGAAUCUGGACGGGUGGACCGCCUACUUCCGGGACAGGAGCACCGACGCCGCGCAGGCGUUCUUCGUCGAGGGCGACAUCCUCCGGUGCAAGGGGCAGCCGGUCGGCUACCUCAGGACGGAGAAGGCGUACACCUCGUACGAGUUGGUGGUUGAGUGGCGAUUUGACCCCGAGAAGAACGCGCGCAACACCGGCGGUGGCGUCCUGCUUCGGAUCGUGGAUGAGGACAAGGUCUGGCCAAAGUCAAUCGAAGCUCAGCUGACCUCAAAUAGUGCCGGAGACAUUUGGAACAUCGGCCGCUUUCAGAUGAUCACGGAUCCCAGUCGACAUCGAGGUCGCUACACUGCCAAGGCUGAGGCAUCUAAUGAGAAACCGAUCGGGGAGUGGAACCGCUAUCGCAUCGUCAUGAACGGGACCGACCUCGUUAUCGAGGUGAAUGGCCUCGUGCAGAAUGUUGCCUCCGGCGUGGAGGUCGUCGCGGGCCCGAUCGGCCUGCAGUCUGAGCGCGCCUGGAUCGAGUACCGCAAGAUAGAGCUUCGCGAGAUCAAGGCCCCGCCACUGCCACCACCUUCGCCGCCACCCUCGCUGGGACCGCCACCACCAUCGCCCUCGCCGCCGCCGCCGCCUCAACCACCCCUUCCAUUACCACCGCCGCCACCUCCGCCGCCACCCGCAUUCCCUUCACCACCGCCACCUCCACCGCCCCCAUCGCCGUCGCCGCCGUCUCCGCUCCCGCCACCGUCGCCUACGCCCCGCGCGGUGCCAGACUUCGGUUUCCCCCGGUGCUACAGCGGCUUCUACGACUACGACAGCGCGUGGAGCAACUCGACGGCACAUUUUGAGGUGCGGCCGCUCACGGGCUUCGCCAAGCUGCCAUAUGAGGGAGCGAGCGCUGCCGAGUGCGAAGCGGCUGAGGCACCGCUCAUUGCGCUCGGCCCGCACUGGUCGCCACUGGGAUUGGUACGUUAUGAGCCUUCAUCUCCGCGCAACGCGCUGCCGGAGCGAUACCGCGGCGCGCUGCUCGUCGCAUCACACGGCUCGUGGAACCGCGACCCGUGGAUUGGCUACUCGGUCAACGCGUACACGCUGGACUGGGGCACGUAUGCCGUCUCCGGCCAGGAGGUGCUCGUCCCGCCGCUGCGACAGCUGCGAGGCUCAAGGCGCAUCCGCCCGGUCGACCUGCUGCCGAGCCCCGUGGACGGCUCGCUACUGAUGACUGCCGACCGCGACGACUGGGUGGCGGGCACGCAAGGCGGCGCCCUCUACCGCUUGGUUUACGAGGCGGCCCCCGGCGACGUCGAUCCGGCAGCAGUUGUCGACGUCACCGCCAUCUCGGGGCUGCACGUGGGCGGCGACGCCGCCUUCCAGUUGGAGCGCCUCGCUGCGCUUCCGUGCGCCCGUCAGAUGGCGCGCUCCACCGCUUCCUCGACACUGCUGUACAUCUCCACCUUGGACCGCUUCUGCCCGGCGAGCGCGGGCGGCGCCAUCUACGUCGUCGAGCUCGACGCCGCCUCGGGGCGGGUUGCCAGGACGGCAACGCUCGUGCGAAGGCUGCACGAACCGCAAGGUAUCGACACCGGCGGCUCGUCGCUCUUCGUCGCCACCGGGGGCUCCUCAGACAGGGCGGCAACGCGGGGCAAUUGCGUCCUCCGCAUCGACGGCGUCGACACGCUCGCACAGCAGGCGCUCGACGGCGCGGCACCGCUUGAGCCCCUCGAUUCGCGCAUCGAGAGCGUGGUGUGUGGCUUCACUCGAGUCCAGCGGUCGCACAGCUGGAGAUCGCUCAGAGUGGCGCCCAGCGGGACGCACGCGGUCGUCUCUGUCGGUGCCGACUGCAACUGGGACCCGCGUUGCACCGACGGGGAGGGGGAUCUGCAGACGACAUUGGCGCACGUCGACCUGCAGAGCGGGGAGGUGACGACCGCGGCGCGCGGCAUCCGCAACGCUAUCGGCCUCUUCUUCGAUCCGUCAGGCAACCUCCUCUUCACAUCGUUCGGCUCCGAUCGCGCCGCGGGGAUCCCAGAGGCGACGUCGCACAACAACGUGCCGGAAUGUGUGGUGGAGAAGCUGCUGCUGACCACAUCGGGCGAGGCAGCGGCGCCGAAGCUGCCUCGGCCCGCUCCGCCCCCCCUUCGACCGCAGCGGCUCAAUGGCAAGAUUGGCGGGGAGUGGUGCGCCGGCGACAAGACUGGCCUCGGCUGGCAAGGCACCGAUCUGCCGCAGCAGUGGGAGCGCGAAGCGUGCGAAGGUUGGUACGUCGACUCCGUCACAGCCCCGCCGGCGGGACGAAGCUACGCUGCCGACUGCAGCUCCGGCUGCGCGCUGUGUGUCUACGGGCAGCACCCGAGGACGGGCAAGUACCGUUGCAUGAGCGGCGGUGCGAUGCGCGGCUGCCCGCCGGCUACUGGCGAGUAG